AUGACGUCCGCCUCCCCCUCACCGCGGGCGUCGCCUCGGCGCCGCCGCAGCAGCUCACCCCGUAGCCGCAGCAGGGAGAAUGCUAUGGAUUGCGAUAGAAGCAGAGACAGAGAAAGAGAAAGAGAAAUAGAAGCAGGAAGAUACAGAGACGGAGACAGAGACGGAGACAGAGAGAUAGAUAUAGAAGGAGGCAGAGACGCAGACAGAGAUAGAGAAAGAGAAAGAGAUAGAGAAAGAGAAAGAGAUAGAGAAUCAGAUAGAGGCAGAGACAGAGACAGAGAUAGAGAAUAUGAUAGAGAUAGAGGCAGAGACAGAGAUUUCGACGGAGACAGAGACAGAGCCAGAGGGAGAGGUAGAGAAAGAGAAAGAGAAAGAGAAAGAGAAAGAGAAAGAUACGGAGACAGAGACAGAGAAAGGAUGCUCCAUACUGUCUUCAUUGCAAACCUACCCAAAGAUAUAACUUUUAGAGAGGCAGAGAACCUUCUUGAUGAGUUUGGGCGUCUGGCUGCUUUGCCGAGUCUGGAUCGUCUGAGGAGCUCGACGGAGGCGACGGCAGAAUUUUGUGAUUGGCGGUAA